AUGUGCGCGAAUCCGGCGCUAUUCAGCCGUCCGGGCCCAAGACGCCCAGCUGGGGGGGUGGACACCGCCCCGGCCGGCUAUGUCCUGCAGGAUGACCAUCACCUGAAGUACUUGACCGUGCGAGAGGUUUUGACCUAUGCGGCGCGCUUGCGCGCGGCCACCUCGAUCCCCCGGGAUCGCAUUGAGGCCCGAGUGCAGGAGACCAUCAACCUGCUGGGGCUGCGGAAUGUGGCCGACAGCCGGGUCGGUGGGUCGGGCAUCGAAGCCAUCUCGGUUCGCGGGCUGUCCGGCGGCGAGCGCCGGCGCGUGUCGAUUGGCGUGCAGCUGGUCGGCGACCCGGCGGUCCUCUUCCUCGAUGAGCCGACCACCGGCCUGGACUCCUUCACGGCCAAUACCAUUGUGGCCACGCUGCGGGCCCUGGCACAGCGCCAUCAGAAGACCAUCAUCUUCACCGUGCACCAGCCCCGGUCGGACAUUUUUGCCCUCCUGGACAAGGUCCUUCUCAUGUCCCAGGGACGGGCGGUCUUUUUCGGCCAUCGGGCCGGGCUCAUCGAUCACUUCACCCGUGCUGGCUUCCCCUGUGGGCUCUACGAAAACCCGCUGGACUUCUACAUUGACACGAUCGCCGUCGACAAGCGCUCCCUCAAGCGCAUGGCGGAUGCCGAGUCUCGCCUGCUCUACCUCCUGGCAGCAUAUGACGCCUCCGACUCCAAGGCGGCCCUGGAGCGUGAGAUCGCGGUGGCCGGAUCGAGCCCCGCGCUGGCACCGAGCUCCGACCUGGAUGUCGCCUAUCCGGAUAGCAACGUUCUCCUUGCACGCAUUGCUCGGAACCUGGCCCGAAGCCCCAUGGAUGUCCUCGAUCGAAUUUACAUGCUCCCCUUUGUGGGCAUCCUCAUGCUGCUGUUCAUGCAAAAUGUUGGCAACGAUCAGAUCUCGGUGCAGAACCGCACCGGGCUCCUGUUCGAGGCGCUGUCCGUGUCGCCGGUCAUGGGCAUGAUGAAUGCCAUCGCCCAGUUCCCGGAGCACCGGAAGCUUUUCACCCGCUCGGACUCGCGCGACGCCCGGUACUCCGGCUUCGAGCUGGUGUCGGCUUACUUCCUGGUGGCCCUGCCGCUGGGGAUAUUGGCCUCGCUCCUUUUCACCGCCAUCACCAUUUACCCCUUCGGCCUGCAGACCGGCUGGGUCCGGUUCUUCACCCUCUUCGGGACGAGCAUCCUGCUCUACAUGGUUGGCGAGCUGCUGGGCGUGGUGACCAUUGCCCUGCUCGAUGACCAGACGGCCGCCAACAACACUUCGUCGCUACUGCUUUCCUCAUCGCUGCUGCUGGGCUCCGGCAUCCUGCGCUCCCCGCUGACGGCCCCAUCAUGGAUCGGCAAGGGGCUGAAGUAUGCAGCACCCCACUUUUACGCCAGCCAGCUGAUGUUUGUCAGCGAGUAUCAGGACCUGGAUUUGACUUGCACCCCGCGCCCGGGCUUUGAGGAUGUCCUGCAGCCUGGCUUCUGCCGGUUCCCAAGCGGCAACGCCUACCUGACAAUGCUUUUCCCCGGGGCAGAGGACCAUGAGCUCCGCAACUGGCUGGUUCUCGGGGCGUAUGUCCUGCUGAUGUGGCUCCUCACCAGCACGGUGUUCACGAUUGUUGGGAAGCUCAAGCGGCGCUAG